GCUCAAGGCAGCAGAUACAAAGCUAGGAUCAGGAAAUUGUCUACAGUGUGGGAAAUUGGCUCCUUUACAGAUAACUCACAGUAAUGUGAAGCCACUGCCUGAUCCUGAUAAAUGAACUAAAAUAAGAGCAGAAGUACUGGAAGGGAAGUCUUUAUUUUGAGUUAAAGGAAGGGUGCAUGGAGAUACUGCAGGCAUCUCGCUGGCUUUGUGGGGGUGGCCUGAGUGUGGAGAGUCAGCAGCAGGUGGGUGGAGCCGGAGAAAAGGAGGAACCUGACUCUAAAUCAGCCACAUUCUGGGUACUGUAGGUGGAUCUAUCAUUCUCAAUUACUUAAAAGCAAGAAAAGAUAUUUGAAUUUCCACUGGCAGUAACGGAAAGGAUCUUGGGAGCAGGAAGAAUCUCCCUAAAGACUCCAGUUCCUCUGUGCUUCGGAGGCCUGACUUGGGAUGUAUCCAUUUGCCUCUUUGAUGGACCAACACCAAUAUAAAAUAUUGCAGAGCCCAGAUUGAUCCCCAGCACCUAGCAGGACAAAGGCAACAUGGCCAAUGCCCUGGCCAGCGCUACCUGUGAGCGCUGCAAGGGUGGCUUUGCACCGGCUGAGAAGAUUGUGAACAGCAAUGGUGAGCUGUACCAUGAGCCCUGCUUCGUGUGCGCCCAGUGCUUCCAACCCUUUCCCGAGGGGCUCUUCUAUGAGUUUGAAGGCAGGAAGUACUGUGAACAUGACUUCCAGAUGCUCUUUGCUCCUUGCUGCCACCAGUGCGGGGAAUUCAUCAUUGGCCGCGUCAUCAAAGCCAUGAACAACAGCUGGCAUCCUGAGUGCUUCUGCUGUGACCUCUGCCAGGAGGUGUUGGCGGACAUCGGCUUCGUGAAGAACGCUGGCAGACACUUGUGUCGCCCCUGUCACAAUCGAGAGAAAGCCCGAGGCCUGGGGAAGUACAUCUGCCAGAAGUGCCACGCCAUCAUUGACGAGCAGCCCCUGGUUUUCAAGAACGACCCAUACCAUCCUGACCACUUCAACUGUGCCAACUGCGGGAAGGAGCUGACAGCCGAUGCUCGGGAGCUGAAGGGGGAGCUCUAUUGCCUGCCAUGCCAUGACAAGAUGGGGGUGCCCAUCUGUGGGGCCUGCCGGAGGCCCAUUGAAGGGCGCGUGGUGAAUGCCAUGGGCAAGCAGUGGCAUGUGGAGCAUUUUGUUUGUGCCAAGUGUGAGAAGCCAUUUCUUGGCCACCGCCAUUAUGAGAGGAAGGGCCUGGCGUACUGCGAGACCCACUAUAACCAGCUGUUUGGAGAUGUCUGUUUCCACUGCAACCGCGUCAUAGAAGGUGAUGUGGUCUCCGCCCUCAACAAGGCCUGGUGUGUGAACUGCUUCGCCUGCUCCACCUGCCACACCAAGCUGACCCUCAAGGAUAAGUUUGUUGAAAUCGAUCUAAAACCAGUCUGCAAACACUGUUAUGAGAAAAUGCCAGAAGAAUUUAAGAGACGCUUGGCCAAACGCGAGAGAGAAGCAAAGGAUAAGGACAAGCAGAAAAAGAAAAAGCCAGUCUGUCUGUAAACCGUUCUGUCCCUUCUGUCACCGUUUCCACUGCUUCCUUCUUUGGAAUAAAUUUGUGGAAUUUGACAUGAAGCCUGUCUGUAAGAAGUGCUACGAGAAAUUUCCACUGGAGCUGAAGAAAAGACUUAAGAAGUUAGCUGAGACUUUAGGCAGGAAAUAACUUAAUUUUAUUUUUAUCUUCUAUGCAAAGAUAACCACCAUUACUUGCCUUGAGCCACCCUUACCAAAGCUGCAUCUCAAAACAGUUGAAAGUGAGGAAUGGUUUUAUCUCCUUUUUCUCAUUAAGAAAACUAGAAAGCCCCAAAAAGUUAAAUGUAACUUUUCAAAGUUAACAGAGUCAGCUUUUACCUGACUCAGAUUUUUUUUUUAAAGUAUAAACAUUAUUUUACUUUGUAUUCCAAAGAAAAUUACUUCUCAUUGCUGUUGAAGAAGAUAAGACGGUAGAAACAAACUAAAUCAGUAAUUAUAAAAUGGCAGUAUCACUACAAAACAGGUGUAUUCAGAAUGACUUGAUGCUAUUUUUCGUUAAAUGCAGUAAUUAUUAUGCUUAGUUUUUAUUGUGCUUGCUUUGUGAACUUCUUCCUUAGUACAAUUACUGAACACAGUAAUAGUACCUAGGUAAUAGCAGGUCUUUUAAAAUUGUGUUUAAACUAUAUCAAGUAGGGUCAGGAAUACAGCUCAGUAGCACAGUGCCUGCCUGGCAAGCAUGAGGUCCUGAGUUCAGUUCCUGGCACAAACAAACCCAACAAGUAUCUACAAAUACAGCCUUCUUAUACAUAAUUGGGAAAAUGAAGUAUUUUUAACUGUAAUACAGCAACAAUGCUUCUAAGCUUAAUCCCGAAAUACGUAGUCUUUGGGACAGGAAAUUCUAUAUAGCUGUGGAUGUAUCACUUUAAAAAGAAGUGGACUUAUAUGUAUUGGUCAUACUGCCUUUAUAACUCUGCUAAUAGCUAUGCUUUAUACAUAAUCAGAUUUUCCUUGCCUUAAAAGAAUACAUACAUUAUUCAGGGCUUCUGUCUGUUUCAUGUAAUACUGCGUAUAAAGAAGUAAUUGACUGAGGUUGGUAUAGUCAAAUUUAUUUACUGUAGCUUAAUUACAUUUUUUUAAACUUUUCACCUUUUUGGUAUACCUAGAGAAUACAUUGAUGUGUUUGAAGUUUUCCUUUUUAAAUCUCAUAGUUAAUUGGGUUUUAUGUACUGCAAAUAAGAGGUAUAAAUAGUAUCUUUAAAUUGGAAGAGGGUUUUAAUAUCAAUUUUGGAUCAAAAUUAGUGGACUAUCUCAUUUUAUAUGAAAUUUUAUCCUGAAAAUACCCUGGCCACUCUUUCUGGAUAAAUUUGUCACACAAAGCUUUAAGAACAUUUUUGAAAUGCCACUGUUGCUGUGUUAGCCUUGAAAAAGAAAGUUGCCAGAUAUAUUUCUGAGAGGAAAGUGAUUGUUUUUUAAAAAUUCCUUAAUCCUGUUUUCCCAUAAAGAAUCUCUCAGGGUGCUGCAUUACACACUUCUGUGCAUAAACUCUGAAAACCUGACUCUGUGCAUUGUAGAAGGACCUGUCUCUGUGUUCAGAUAACUCAUGAGCAACUAACCUUCCUGUGGCUUCGGAGUUAAAAGAGCCAGAAAUGAUGGGGCGCAGUCGCAGCGUCUGCGCACUCCAAGGCCGUGUGUGCUGAGGCUGGGAUGACAGUGCUCAGGCGUGGCCCUGUGUUCCGGCUCAGCGGGCUGGGUAGGGUGGGUGGGUUUGGGUUUGGGCCCAGCAGGUGUACCCCUGCCCUAAGGCUGUGGGGCCUGUGCAACCACUUUUCGAUGGCUCAUGGUGCUGGCCGGGCCCCUCCUGCAACCCUUUGCUGUGAAGGUGUCCCUGGUGGGCAGCCUCGUUGAGAGGCUUUCCGUCUGUCUGUCCUUUCUGCAGCAAGCCCAGCUGGAGACAGUGGGUGCAGGAGGACCCUCCCAGAGGUCGGGGACAUACCUGCACCUUUGAUCACUUUGCCAAAGUAUCAGCCUCUGAGUCCAGAAAGUGUUGGGUUGGUGCUGGAGCGGCUGGGAGCUUAUAGCAACUACACUUUCUUCACAGCAGCCACACUCUGGGUGCCUGUAAACACCAGCAGAGUCAGGAGUGGGAUGCUGGGUGUCAUUCACCAGAACCGAACACUCUACAGCGUAACAGGACGUGCAGUUGCAUGGAUGCAGUGAGCAGUUCCUGAAGGGGCCUGGCUCGGUGCCAUCUGGAGUGGUGGUGGCUUGCAGCUGCUUUUGCCAUUUCUGUUUUGUGAGAUGGGCCACCAAGCCACAGGGAAGGGGACAUCAGAGUGAUGGGCUCAAGGACGGGAAAGUGAAGGAGCUGAGAGGCAGGACUGCAUGGUCAUGGGGCACCUUCUGCAGCCCUGCCACAUUCCUGGUGAUUGCUCCUCCUAGGGUCACCUUCAGGUGCAGGAGUAAGGCAUGUGGGCGGCAUCUCCCAGCUGAGAUGGACACAGCACCUCAGCGAGGGAGUUUUGUUGAAGGUGCACACUGAACAGCUGCCGCACUAUAGCUCCAGCUCAAUGGGAAACUAAGGCAACAGCAGCUCCAACAUCUGCCUCGGGCCGGAGGUUCCUGCACCUGACAAGGAGGACAGGCCAGGAAUGCCCACCGGGGUGCAGCCUGGUAGGACCCAGCAGCCUCAGAUCGGGGUGCAGGAGGUGGGAGAGCCAUGGUGCUUGGAGGUCUCUCUGGACCCCGAUGGCCCCAGGCUGUUUCCCUGAAGUGGCACGAGAUCAGCACAGCCCGAGCCUGUAAAGGGAAGGUGUGGGGUGCACACUGAGGGGAAGGGCAGCAGGACAUGCAUGCACACCACUGUAGGUCAGAACUGACCUUGUCACUAGCUGUGGAGUCACAAAGGUGCUACCUGUACCCACCCACCAGGGGCCUGCAUGCCUCAGGAAGCUGGGACUGGUUGCAGCUCAGUGUUGGGGUGCAAGUCUGGCUUCCAGCCCCAGCACUGCAAGAAAAGCGCAAGUGGAAUCUGCAAAAUUGGGCUUAGCAGUGUCUCAGGAAAUACAGUGCGGCCCACCGCUUGCCCUGUGCACACCUGGCUUUGGUUUGCAGCGUUUUGUUGACAUUCAGCCAUGUCUACAAAGGUACUGGCCUGCAGUUUUUGUUGGCUUUUUCUGGCUCUAGAUUCGGAUACUUUUGUUUUGUUUUUGUUAUUUUUGUUUUUGAGGCAGGGUAUUACUGUGUAGACUAGGUUGACCUUGAGGUCACUGUGUAGCCCAGGCUGGCUUUGAACUUACAGCAUUUAGGGAGAGAGAAUAACCUUUUCAGCCAAUAGAGCUGAAACAGUUGGACCCCAGUAGGACUGGAAAGGCAGAGGGAGCGGUAGUGUUGCUCUGGUAGUGUUUGUGUGUAGCACAUUCCCCAGUGGUGUGGAGAAAAGACAAGGAAAAAGCCACAUAUCUUUGUAUCAGUUCUUUACUACCAAAAAGUAUAAAACCCCCAGAUGUCCUACAAGUGGUGAGUGGAUAAGCAGUGGGACACAGGGCUAGGGAUUUAGCUCAGCAGCAUAAACACCUGCCUUGCAAGCAGGCAGUCCUGAGUUCGAUUCCUGGUACCGAUUUAAAAAAAAAAAAAGAGCAGUGGGACACAUACUAGAGAAUGUUGCUCACAAUGGCACAUUAACCCAGGGCCACCUGGGCAGUUUUGAGUGCACAGGAUAUCCAAGCCGAGGCAUGCCUGGUGGAGGCUUUCUCCAGAGCUGGGGGCAGGUGGCCGGGAACCAGGUUGAGUGAUGCUUAUAGGAACCUGUAACUGUCCAAAAAUCUGUACUGUAGUACACCUCCAAAAUGGUUUUUCUAUGUGACUGUACUCAUUUUAUAUUAAAAAUCAAGUAAUCACGCUGUACCAGUUUCCUUCCUCUCAUCCUUCCUUUGCUGGUGCUUUCUUUUGAGGUGAACUUAGGACCUAAGCCUGCAGCUUUCCUUAGCAGCAGUUGCUGGUCUGGCACCCUCUACCCUCAAGCUGCUUUUCCUGCUAGAGUGGAUACGCAGGGGAGGGAGCGGCUCCUGUCCAGACAGCAAGCCCACACUUUCCACAUGGGUGGCAGAACUCUCCAAAUCUGUGAUUUUAAUUUUUAUCUGAUAUUUAAAAUUUAAAGCGAGGUAUUCAACUGUUACUAGAAAAGUUACUAAUUCUGUUUUUUAAAUCCAAAUUUUAUAAAGUUGAAAUACAGAUCCAGUAUUUCUGGUAAAAAUGUAGACUGUGAAGUCAAAUAAGUGCACGAAGUUUUCAAAAUUUAGUAAAGGGCUGGGAAUGCAGCACAGCGCCUGCCUGGCAAGCGUGAGAUUGUGAGUUCGAUUCCCGGUACCAAAAAUAAUUUAGUAUAAAAAGACAGCUUGUAAUAAUCUGUUCACAGUAUGUGGUGGAAUUAAACUUUAAUAUGUUGGGUUGAAUAAAAGCUUUCAGGGUAAA